CAUUUGUAGUAUCGAAUUCUUUCACUAUAUACACCUAUACAUAAACAGUAUUAAAACAUGGCGUUAAAAAUUAAUAAAUGUUUUUUGAUCAACUUAAAAAUUGUAACAAAAGUUUUAUUCAAAUUAACAAUAGUGAAUUAAACACAUUGUUUUAAAUUCAAAAAUGCCUGUAGAUAUAAAUCGUUUAACUGAAGGAUGGUUGGAGCUUGAAAGUGAUCCAGGUUUAUUUACCCUUCUGUUGGAAGAUUUUGGAGUUAAAGGAGUUCAAGUUGAAGAAAUUUAUGAUUUGCAGAAAUCAUUAGAAGGCCCUGUUUAUGGAUUUAUUUUUUUAUUUCGGUGGAUUGAAGAAAGAAGAUCACGGCGAAAGGUAGUAGAACAGGAUGAAAGUUUUGUUAAAGAUGAAGAGAUAGUAAAUAAUAUAUUUUUUGCUCAGCAGGUUGUCCCUAAUAGUUGUGCAACACAUGCAUUACUUUCAGUUCUUCUAAACUGUCCUAACAUUCAUUUAGGUACAACCUUAUCACGUUUAAAACUUCACACGUCCGGAAUGUGUCCUGAAAAUAAAGGUUGGGCUAUUGGGAAUACUCCUGAAUUGGCUUGUGCUCAUAAUUCGCAUGCAAUGCCUCAAGCAAAGAGGCGACAAGAUAAAAACACUGGAGUUUCUACUGGACGAUUCACAGGGGAAGCAUUUCACUUUGUUAGUUAUGUUCCAAUUAAUGGAAGACUAUUUGAAUUAGAUGGUUUAAAACCAUAUCCAAUGGAUCAUGGACCUUGGAAAGAACAUGAAGAAUGGACUGAACAGUUUAAGCGAGUUAUAACAGAUCGAUUAGGAAUAUCAACUGGAGAACAAUUACAAGACAUAAGAUUUAAUUUGAUGGCAGUUGUUCCUGAUAGAAGGCUUGCUAUUUCUCAUAAACUUACAAUGUUGAAAACAAAUCGACAAAUUGUUGUUGAAGCUUUACAACAAUUAGUUAAAUUAAGCCAUCAUGAACAUGGUGAUAAGAAUCAUGAUGCUGAUAAGAUUCAUGAAAAGAAACAAAAAAUUGAAGAAGAUGUUAAAUUUGAAACAAAAAACGAAACUGAAUUAUCCUUGAAUGUUCCUACAGUCAAUGUUGAACGAUCUAAUGAUUUAUCUAUUGAAUUAAAUGAUUCUCACAUGAAUUGUGUUAAAUCAGAAUCAGGAAAUUUAGAAAAGGUUGUUAUGUGUGCUUUAGAUUAUGCAACUCCUCUUCGUAUACAAACAUCACCAGCACAUAGUUCAUCAAGUACUGAUACUUCUUCUGAAAUUGGUUCAGCAUUUAAUUCACCAACACAAGCUUGGGGAUGGAAUUCUGGUCAGAGUAGUCCAACUUCAACGAAAGAUUUCAAAAAAUUUGUAAUUAUUCGAGUUGCAGGCGAUGAGAAAAACGAAGUAGGAUUGAGCCGCUCUUUAGGUAAUAUAAAUAUUAAUGGUAAAAGACUUGUGUCAGAUUCAGGACAUUUACAUAAAAAAGUAUGUCUUUCUGCUGAAGUUCGAAUGCCACAUGCUAGGGUAAAAACAAGUAAUGGUGAUACAGUUACAGAAGAAAAGAAAAUUGAACGUAUUGAUCCAAAAUUAUGUUCAAAAUAUCCAGAGUUGUUUGAACCACAUACGUUUGCACCAAAAGAUCUUCUAGCAUUGUUAAAAAAUCUCGAACAAGAAAUUAAUAUUUGUGAAACCAGUUUGAAAGACGAAAAUGAUAAACGAAAUAAAUAUAAGAUCGAUGAUUGCAGAAGAACACAUAAUUACGAUGAAUUUAUUUGCACAUUUUUAUCAAUGCUAGCCCAGCAAGGAAAAUUAGCAGAAUUAGUCCAACAACAUUUAACCCUUAAAAAACAUACAACAGUUACAGUGAACCGAGUUCACAGGUCUUCAAAAAAAUCUGAUUCUCGGCCUAAUGCAUCACGGAGACGACGUGGAAGAACUAAGUGUAAAAAACGGAAAUAAAUCAAUAAUACUUUUAUUAUUUUUAACGAAUUUACGCGGGUCGUGAAUAUUUUACUGAUU